GUCGCCGCCGCGUAGUUAUAUUGUACUCUUGUGCUGUGCAUGGGGGGCAGUCGGUACGUAGGCUCGAUCGAGUCCGUACGCACGAGAGCUGCUAAAUAAGCUAUAAAACUGCACGUCUACGAAUUUUGCCAAACGCACGUCAUUAGGUGCAGUAUAGAAUAUAAAAUAUAUAUAGGAAUCGACGUUCGCGCGCACAAUUCUCGACUCUCGUUGUGUAGCGUGGAGUCAGAAGUUUCGGAAUCGGAGCUCGUGUGUACAUAUCGUCAUUGUAUUUAUUUAUAUUUAUUUGCAUUAAUAAAAAAUAGAUAAAUGUGCGACGGCGGUGAGUGAAAUCUCGCAUAUCGUGUUGUUGUUGGUACACGUGCCGAGUAUCUGUGUAUCGUAGUAGUAGUAGCAGUAGUAGUAGUCCGGAGUAUACGCAUAUAAUAUCGAAUACGUGUGCGUCGAGAGCGCGCGAAUUCGCAUAUUGUUGCUACACAUCGUACAGAUAGUCGCUCGGCAGCAGCAAGCAGCGUAGCAGCAGCGGCCAAGGAGCACUCGCAGCAGCGCAGCAGCACUCCUAUAUUCUCGCGUAUAGUAGCAGGCAGCAGCAGCAGCAGCAUCAGCAGCAAAAGCCAAGCAUAUAAGCAGCCAGCCUCUCACCUCGGCCAAAUAGAGCAACAGCAGCGAAUGUAAGGUUGACAGCAGCAGUUUUCGAGCCAAAGACUUGAACAGCUGCAACUGCAGCAGCAGCAGCAGCAGCAACCAUGGCGGAAGCCCAUGCCGCCGUAGCCUUUCAAUUCUCCAUCACCCACGAAGGCUGGGACGUGAAUUUCGAUCGGGAGGUUCUGAAUCUCGUUUGGCAGUCCGGCAUCAGAUCAUGGAAGAAACGUUACUUCCGAUUUAUCAACAACAUCAAGACCGGAGUGUAUCCGGCGUCGCUCAACAGCCUCUGGCUGACGGUCAUAAUGGUGAUGGCGAUUCACUUUGCCGGCUACAAAGUGCCCUACGUGGGUAGCGUCGCACCUUAUUUAUUCGCGUCGUACGUGUUGGCGCACAUGGCGGGCUGCUUCCUGGUCGGACUGCUGCUCUGGCUGGUCACGAUCCACGCCAUACGCUACAUCCUCAAGCUGCUGCUCAUGUACAAGGGCUGGAUGUACGAGUCGAGGGGCCCGGGCAGUCGGGUCUCGCUCACCACCAAGCUCUGGGCCGUGGCCGUCAAGAUCUUUUCCGGCUGGCACAAGCCCAUGCUGUACAGCUUUCAGGGCUCGCUGCCGAGGCUGCCGCUGCCCAGCGUCGAGGACACCGCUCAACGGUACCUGCGCAGCGUGCGACCUCUGCUCGACGACGACGGCUACCGGCGCAUGGAGCAGCUCGCCCGCGAGUUCCAGCAGGGCAUCGGCGUCAAGCUGCAGCGCUACCUCAUCCUCAAGUCCUGGUGGUCCUCGAAUUACGUGAGCGACUGGUGGGAGGAGUACGUCUAUCUGCGCGGCCGAUCGCCCAUCAUGGUCAACUCCAACUUCUACGGGAUCGACGCGAUCCUGAUGCAUCCGACCAGGGUGCAGUCGGCCCGCGCGGCCAGCGUCAUCCACUCGUGUCUGCAGUACAGACGCUUGAUCGAGCGUCAGGAUCUCGAGCCCAUCCUCGUGCAAGGCAUCGUUCCCCUCUGCUCGUGGCAGUACGAGCGAGUCUUCAACACGACCAGAAUCCCAGGCAUCGAGACCGACAGGAUCGUGCACUUCAACGACUCCAAGCACGUCGUGGUCUAUCACAAGGGCAAAUACUUCAGGCUGCCGAUCUAUCACAAGAAUCGGCUGCUGCAGCCCUGCGAGAUCGAGCUGCAGAUCCAGUCGAUCCUGGACGACACGAGCUCGCCGUACGAGGGCGAGGAGAGACUCGCCUCGCUCACCGGGGGCGAACGAGUGCACUGGGCGAAAUCGCGCGAGGAGCACUUCGCGCGGGGAAUCAACAAGAUCUCGCUGGAUCUCAUCGAGAAAUCGGCCUUCGUCGUGGCCUUGGACGACGUGCCGUACGAGUUCGACAAGUCGCAUCCGGAGAAGCUGGACAAUUACGGCAGGAUUUUGCUGCACGGAAAGGGCCACGAUCGAUGGUUCGACAAGUCGUUCACCCUCUGCGUCGGUAGCAAUGGAAGGAUUGGUUUCAAUGCUGAACACUCGUGGGCCGACGCAGCAGUGAUGUCACAUGUUUGGGAGUAUAUUCUUGUGGAAGACUCGAUAAUGUCACAAUUUAAAGAAGAUGGACAUACAAAGGGAACGCCAGAAUUUACUCCUCCAAUGCCAACGAGGUUGCAGUGGGAUUUGAGCCCCAAAGCUCUUCAAGCCAUUGAAACUGCUUACUUGGUGGCUGAAGAACUCGUGAAUGGCUUGGAUCUUCGUAUCUAUGUCCAUGAUUUAUAUGGAAAAGGAUUUAUGAAGAAGUCGAAGGUUUCGCCAGACGCUUACAUUCAAAUGGCUCUACAAUUAGCUUAUUAUCGGGAUGCUGGAAAAUUCAGUUUGACCUACGAAGCAUCAAUGACUCGACUUUAUCGCGAGGGUCGAACUGAAACUGUCAGGCCGUGCACGAUUGAAUCUGUAGCUUGGGUCAAAGCUAUGGAAAAUAAAAAUGCUACAGUUCAAGAUAGACAUAAAUAUUUCAUGGCAGCUGUAGCUCAACAUCAAAGAGGCUACCAAGAUGCCAUGUGCGGUAAAGGAAUUGACAGACAUCUAUUUUGUCUGUAUGUAGUUUCUAAAUAUUUGGAAGUGGAUUCUCCUUUCUUAAAGGAGGUACUCAGCGAACCAUGGAGGCUGUCAACUUCACAAACACCUCAUGGACAAACAUCAAAAUUAGAUCUAAAAAAAUACCCUGAUUGCAUAUCCGCUGGAGGUGGAUUUGGACCCGUGGCCGAUGAUGGUUACGGUGUUUCUUACAUCAUUGCCGGGGAAGAUAUGAUUUUCUUCCAUAUUUCAAGCAAAUUUGCCUGCCCGAAAACGAGCUCCAAAAAAUUUGCUGAUGAAAUAAAGAAAGCAUUGAUGGACAUGAAGGAAUUGUUCACAGAACGCGAGAAGAUCCAGAAUCAAGUAAAUGGUUUCACGUAAUGACAUCUGAAUUUUAUUGAAUGUGCACAAUAAAUGAAAGUUAAGAAUUGCAUAGAAAUGCGAUCGAAUUGCGAGUCUGUUAAUCGAAGAAUCUUUUUAAAUGCUAGCGCAAAAGUUCAUUUGCUUGAUGUGAGGGCGUUUGUAAAUUUAGAAAUUACAUAGACGCACACAACGUUUAGCCACAACGUGUAAAAGCACAUUAAUGCAAAAAUAAAAAACGUCGUAGUGUAUCUCGACAAUGAAUUUUGUAAAUUAUAUGAAGUGUCAAGAAUAUACGUUUCAGUGAGUUGAUGAUCACAUCGGAUAGGUAUACAUAUCUCGCGCAAUAUACUGCGGAAAUUUUUAGUUGCGGAAUCAAGAUUGUUCCGACUGAUUGAAUUGUUGCUCCUGCAUCAAUGUGAGAAUUUAUAUAGUCUUUUACGAGAGAUUUUUUUGUUUUUUGAAGAGCAAAAGUACUGAAAUUACAAUUGAUAUUUUUGUUAUCUAGAUUUUAUUUAUACCCAAGCGUAUAGAUUUAUAUAUUAGUUAGUUGUACAAUUAAGGUAGUCGCUAGAUUUAUUUUUAAAUCAAUUGUUUUUUUUUUACAUCAACAAUUUUGCAAUAUAUUUAUGAGAUAUUUAAGGAAAAAAAUCAUUGUGUAGCUUCCAUUUACAUAGUUCCAGUACUUUUGUUAUUUAAAUAAAUGAGCGUGAAAAAAGAUGUCUACCAUUAAUGAACAAUGCAAUUAGAGUAUAAAGAUUACUUAUAUUAGUAAGUAACUUGCAGUAAUGUUACUGUAAUCGUUUUUGUUAUUCGUACAAAAAAGUGAAAAUUUAUAUUAAAAACAAGACUAUGAAUUUUUUUAAGAAAAAAAUAAACGUUUCAUGCGCGAACUUAAUAAAAUUGAUAAUUGUUUUUUGUAAUAAUGUAAUAUGUGAUCGCGCCAAGUUUUAGUAUUAAGGAAUGUUAAGUAAUGCCAUGAUCCUAAAAUGUGCAACCUAUCAAUGCAAAAAAAUAUUACAAAUAAUUUUGUAUGAAUAUAUUUUUAUGUUGUUAACAUGAUCGGUAGCGGUAUUGGUGCCCCAGUUACAUAAGGUUUUUGAAAUGUAAUUAAUAUUAUGCUGUAGAUGAUUAAUUUUUUUUAACAACUCCUUCAACUUCAUGAAAAUUUAUUUUAAAA